CUUCGGAGAUUUUGUUUGACUUCAAAGGACAGUCGGAUCUUUGUUUUACACUAUCUUCUCCAGUUCAAAUCUAUAAUUGGAUUUCAUCAGAGUUCUCUCGUUUAAUCCAUCGCGUUUCUCAGUGUUUCGUUUGAUAAUUUUAGUUGGCAAAUUUCGUUUUGUAUAUUGGCUAUUAAAAAUUCGUCGAGAUAACUUUGUGUUCAUCGAGAGUGUGUGAGAUUUAGGGUUCCGCUACAAACGCUUCAAGUUCGCGGGAAGGUUUAUGUUUGGCUGAAAAUUUUGAUACAAAUUGACCAAGAUGUUGAACUCUAUCGACUGCAUUGUUGUAUGUGGUGCUACAGAGAACACUUCUGAUUGAAGGAUGCAUUCACUAUACAUUCAGCAGUAAUGAAGAACGGACAGUGCGCACAAGAGCUACAAUCUUCCACUCAAGCUUCACAUGACUCUCAAGGUGAACAGAAAACCAACCUAUCAAUAGAUCCUCCUAUACAAGAUUCUGGUUCUGUAUCUGCUUCAAGCAAUGACAGUAGGAAAGUUUCAAGACAAGAUAUUGAACUUGUUCAAAAUUUGAUAGAAAGAUGUCUUCAGUUGUACAUGAACAGAGAUGAGGUCGUGAAGACCCUCUUGACUCGUGCAAGGAUAGACCCUGGAUUUACAACCUUGGUUUGGCAGAAAUUGGAAGAAGAAAACGCGGACUUUUUCAGGGCUUAUUAUAUAAGGUUGAAACUGAAGAAGCAAAUAAUUUUGUUCAAUCAUUUGCUUGAGCACCAGUACCAUCUCAUGAAGUAUCCUCCUGGACCUCCAAAAAUUCCUCUGGCACCGAUACAAAACGGAAUGCAUCCCAUGGCACCUGUUAACAUGCCAAUGGGAUACCCAGUACUACAACAUCCUCAAAUGCAUGUUCCAGGCCAUCCCCAUCUUGAUGCAAUGGGAGUAUCGAGCUGCCAUGUUGUUAAUGGAGUCCCUGCCCCUGUGAAUUUCCAUCCGUUGAGGAUGAAUACAGCGAAUGAUAUGGUGAUCGUUACAACUGCGAAUGAUGCAACUCCUCAAGUGAUUCCACCAAACAGUGGUGGGAUGCCUGAGAUGGUAGCGAGCCCAGCUUCUGUGGCGUCAAGUGGACACUUUCCAUUUGCUGCUUCAGACAUGUCGGGUAUGGUAAUGGACACUUCAGUGCUUGAUUCAGCAUUCACAUCUGACGUUGGACCGGAUGGAGAAGGAGCCGGGAAUUCCAGAGAUUCCCUCAGGUCAUUUGAUCAGAUUCCUUGGAACUUUAGCCUUUCUGAUCUCACGGCAGAUUUGUCAAAUCUGGGAGAUUUAGGAGCCUUAGGAAACUAUCCAGGCUCUCCAUUUCUUCCAUCUGAUUCAGAGAUUUUCCUGGAUUCUCCUGAACAAGAGGACAUAGAGGAGUUUUUCGUGGAUUCGGUGCCUGGACCUCGUUCUAAUUCAGAUGAAGAGAAGCCUUGAAUUGCAAAGUAGCGACGGCCAUAGUCAUCUUUCAGAUAAACCACCAAGCAUUAUUAAAAUAACAAAUAUUGAUAUAUAAAAAUCAAAGGCAUUAUGAAUAAAAUGAAGCUGCAGUUGUAGUCUCCUUGUACCUCUAUUACAAUUCUCUUAAAUGAAGCAAGAAAUAGGCUUAGACUAG